CCGACCAGGCGGCCAGCAGGCAGAACAACAGCGCGGUGAAAUUCCACAAUGGAAACUUUAAGUCUCUCUCGAUGGGAAUUUAGAUGAAAAUAAAAUGCUGAAAUAAUUCUACACAGAUCUUUUAUUCCUCACAAGAGCGUGGAGGAUGGAAACACGGCCUCUGGAGCCCAAACCGCAGGACUGCAGCAAAAUGUCUUGCAGUAGCAUUGACCUCAUGACGCGUGAUCCCCUACCUGUUGCCAUACACCUGCUGGCCAACCCGGGUGACUCUCUCCUCCUUCAGCACACACUCGAUCGCCUGCUUGAUUGGGUGUGUCCUGGCUUGCGCCUCUUCCAUGUGUCUGAACGCGCUUGCCCAGUACGCGAGUACACCCGUGCUCACUUGUGCCCGCCAGCCAGCUACCCAUCUCUAGCCGUCACCUUUUUCCUGCACGAGUCCUAUGGUGAAGAACGCAUCCUCAGGGUCCUUGACUUCCUCCAGCGCCCACCCUGGCAGUACCACCACACUGAGAAUGGCCACGCGAGCUCUGACGCCAUGCUUCGACCAUACCUGCUGCCUGGAAGAGACUUCUACAGUCUUGGCCCUGGCAUGCCAGUGUGGGCCGUUCGUCCGGUGCACUGCGGAGGUGAAGUGCUGCGUGUGACUCUGCACAGCGGGCACGAGAUCUUCGAUGAUGCUGUGAGACUUUAUGAGACCGUGCUGCGUUUGAGAGCUGAGGAGCAGAAAGCUGGGUUUUGUUGGUUUACCUUGCUGAAAGAGAGGACUUUCAGUCUGCAGCUAGCACUCAAGCAGUUGGCACCUGGGGUGAGGGUGGAGACGUGCCACUCUACUGUGCUGCAGUUCAGGGUGGGUGAGAUCGGCCAGCUUGUGCCCCUACUGCCCAACCCGUGCUCACCUAUCAGCGCCACUCGCUGGCAGACGGAGGAUCUGGACGGUAGCAAGAUCCUCUUUCAGGUCAAAGGAGGAACUCAGCCGCAGAGGCUCCUCACGUCCGCUUUUCCCCUAAGCUGCCCUGCGUUUCCUUCUAGAUCGCUGUUGAGGUGUCCUGUUCCAAUCUCAGCCUCCUCGAGCACCAGGCUGUGCCAGUAUAAAGAGCGUGGUCUGGGUAGCGCUGCUGGAUCGCACAGAUUGGCAGGAGGUGCCACGGAGAGCUUUGGUUCCAGCAGUGCUUGCAGUACUCCUCCUGGCAGCUCCUGCUACUCAUCCCAGUGCAGCAGCCCUGCGCUUCUAUCCAUCAAUCCCUUUGAGUCAGUUGUGCCCUCUGGUGCAUCUGCUUCUCACAACGUGCUGGAGGAGGAGGAGAAGGAGGAAGAGAAUGAACCAGAGACAAACGUAGACACAGGCUGUGCUGUCAAUAUACAGAGACCUGCUCUGGACACACUAGCAAGAGAUCUGAGACGCUGCCUACCAGAGGUCCAGAGCGUGUGGGGUGGAUCAGAAGGACAGAGACUUUCAGACCACCUGGCAGCACAGAGUCUCAUUCAGGAGCAAAAACAAGUGGAUGAGUUUUUUAUCUGAUUCUUUGCCUCACAUUGUAAUGUAAUUAAUUAGGGCUGUACCAAGCUGGUACUGAGUCUCCAUAUUACAGAGAGCCUGGUUUGUUCAGCAUGAAACUAGUUCUGCUUUAUGCUGCAUCUAAAUUUGCCUUCAUAUUCUACGCACAAAAAGUAUGCACAAUUUUUAGUGAAGAAACAGGAUGUAUUUGGGACACAGACACAUCAUGGAAUGGAAGAACAUGUUAAACUAUAUAACUUAAUAUCCCUUGAUCUAAUAUCUAAAAAUAACAGAUGUUACGCUAGUCGCCAUAUUGUAAAUAUUAUCUGAACUGUCAACAGAUCCACACUGAAAACCUUCUGCAAACACUAGACUGUCUGUGUGUCUCGGGAUACCUGUAUUAGUCGUACCAUAGUUUGGGACACACUAAAUCUAAUCUCGGGUGCAUAGUAGGCAAACUGGGAUGUAGCAUGUCACUAUCAGCUCUCACAGACUCACAAUAGAUCAGUACAGAAUCAAAAUCAAACUGUCUAUGACCAAGACCGAGAUAUUAUAUCUAAAAGGGAUAAAGUGGCGUACCUGGAUUUUAUAAACAUGAUAUAAUUAUAAACAUGAUAUAAUUAUAAUCAUGAUAUAAUUAAUGGAGUCAGGAUGUCUUGGCAUGUGGAGUCUGUCCAGUUUAGAAGAAGAGCUCCAAAUAUUUACAGAGAGCGUAUUAUGAAGCGGUCACAAAAAGGUUCGGCCGUUUGUCCUGCUUGAACGUCUGCGUUCUGUUCUGUUGUGAAUGAUAGUGUCAGUAUCAUAAUCACAAUCAGUAUCAUAAUCUCUUUAUAUGGUCAAAGCAAAGUAAGAGUGAAGAUCAGGAAAUAAGCAGGAAUAAAUCCCAAUUAUAAUCAAAGACAUGAGAGUCUGAAGGUUUAGAGGCUGAAAGUUUGGUGAUUUAAAGCAACUUUACUUCACUGUAAAAUUCUUUCUUUCUUUCUUUCUUUCAGCAGGGAAAUCAACAGAUUGUACAGUUCUUGAUUUAAAUAGAGAAAUUAAAAACUGUUCUGCAAAUAAUUCUAAAACUCCUAGAGUACGUGCUGUAGACAAGCUUAUGGUGACACUAGAAUCACUAAAUGAUCCCUACAUCUGAUAUUAUUUUAAUCAUACACAAUCCAGAACAUUCUAUAAAGUAACUUCAGCUCAUAGGAAGGAAUAAAACAUGACAAGGAAUUCCGGUAUAGGAAAAUAAUCAGAGAUGGGAUUCGACCCGACAAAAAGGGAAAUUACAGUUUACAUACUUUUUUAUUCUUUAUCCGUUAAUAGUUACAUUUAAUCUCGUGGAUCACCUGUUAUUGCUGGUAAUAGCAGAGAUAAACGGGUCAUUACAUCACCAGCUAUUACUUCAUUAACAACUCACUGAAAUGAACUAAACAAAAAAAUUGUCCUGGUCUAAAAGUGACUCUGGAAAGAAAAACCUGAAAAUCUUUUGUAGAAAUAUUAAAUCUCUCCUUUCUCUUGUGUGUUACUUUCUUAAAUAAAUAGCGUAAAAUUCUCUAUUAUUAGACUUUAGAGAUUAUGUGGAGUUUCCCUGUGAACUAGUUAUAGUUGAUAACGCAGCUACGCUGUGAACCGAAUAAAUCUGUUGUUUGGUGUAUUUAAUUUAUUUUUUUGUUUAAUUUACAAACACAAACCUGUAUCUAAAAGAAUUUACUCAGUAUUGUACUGUAGAUAAUAAAGAGCUGCAAGAUUUGCAGCAUAAAUUGUACUCUAGUAAAAUAUUAAUAUUGUAUUUAAAAUGAGCUGAAAAGCAUUAAAUAUUUUUUGUUUGUUUUUAAUUUGGGUUAAA